AUGGAUCUGUACAGCUCCAUUGACUCCCACACCCCUCUGGGUCUUGAGUCGCUCUUAUCAGUUGCAAAGUCUUAUCAGUUGCAAAGUCCAGGAAAUCCAGAAAAAAUUUCAGAAGCAAAUGUAUAUAUCCAAGUUCUUGAUGUUAAUGAUCAUGCACCAGAAUUCCCUAAAUAUUAUGAAACAUUUGUUUGUGAAAAUGCAGUGUCUGGCCAGCUAAUUCAAAGUAUCAGUGCAGUGGAUCAAGACGACUCAGCAGAAGGUCAUCAUUUUUACUUCUCAUUGGCUCAGGAGGCCACAAACAACUCACAUUUUACUGUCAAAGACAAUCAAGAUAACACAGCUGGAAUUUUCACAGCAAAAAGUGGCUUCAGGAGGAAGGAGCAGUUUUCUUUCUACUUGCCCAUCUUAAUUCUGGAUAAUGGAACCCCACCACUGACGAGCACAAAUACUCUCACCAUCACUGUCUGCGACUGUGACACCAAAGUUAACACCUUCUACUGUCGAUAUGGAGCUUUCAUGCAUUCCAUAGGUCUCAGCACAGAAGCUUUAGUUGCUGUUCUGGCUUGCAUACUAAUACUCCUAGUGUUCUUUUUGGCAAUUGUAGCCAUAAGGCAACAGAGGAAGAAGUCUCCCUUUUCAGAGAAAAUUGAAGAAUUCAGAGAGAACAUUGUCAGGUAUGACGAUGAAGGAGGUGGUGAGGAGGACACAGAAGCCUUUGAUAUUUCAGCACUGAGGACCCGCACUGUCCCGCGAACUCACAAACCACGGAAGAAGGUCACCACAGAAAUCCACAGCCUCUACAGACAGUCUCUGCAGGUUGGCCCUGACAGCGCAAUCUUCAGGCAAUUCAUUUCAGAAAAGCUUGAAGAAGCGAAUACAGAUCCUACUGCUCCUCCGUAUGACUCACUUCAGACCUAUGCAUUUGAGGGGACUGGCUCUUUGGCAGGAUCCCUCAGCUCUUUAGGUUCUAACAUGUCAGACUUGGAUCAGAGUUAUGACUACCUUAAAGACUGGGGACCUCACUUUAAACAGCUUGCAGGCAUGUACACUUCCCAUACAAGUAUGGGGGAUUAGUUACACUUUGGCUUGUCAUUUUAUUUUCCUAAAUCUCAGCAACCAAAAACAAGUGUGGAUUUUUAAAAAUAAGAUCAUCCCACAUUUAGGCAUGAAAAAUAAAAGCCU